UAGAGCACAACGGAAACAGAAGAAGCCCGUGCGCGUUCCGUUAAAUAUUACGGUGUACGACGUACGACACUGACUAGUGACUACUGCCACUCUCAAAGAUGGCGUCGAAGGAUGUGGUGUUCGCCUGUGCGUUUGUUGUGAUUCUGUGUUGUUGUAGCACCUCUUUUGCCCAGAGGUCCCCUACUAUUUCCUACAUAACCCAGACACAAAUCAAAGACAUCGGAGGCACAGUUGAAUUGGCAUGUUCAGUGCAGUACACGGAAGGCUAUUCCGUGAUAUGGAUGAAAGUGGACAAACUACAGAACUCGAACAGCUUGCCCAUCUCCACGGGCAGCUCCCUUAUACUACACGAUUCCAGGUUUUCUCUUAGAUACGAUGCGACGAGUUCGACGUAUUUACUGCAAAUAAAAGAUAUCCAAGAAACGGAUGCCGGGUAUUAUCAAUGUCAGAUUCUUAUAUCGCCCAGUAGCAGAGUCACCGGAGAAGUGGAAUUGCAAGUUAGAAGACCGCCAUUCAUAUCUGACAACUCCACGAGAUCCGUGGUCGUCUCAGAAGGAGAAGCUGUGGAAAUGGAAUGCUACGCUGGCGGAUAUCCCCCACCAAAGAUACAAUGGAGACGUGAGAACAAUGCCAUCCUUCCGACCGGGGGGUCUAUUUACAGGGGCAACAUUCUCAAAAUAAAACAGAUCAAGAAGGAAGACCGCGGCACUUACUACUGCGUGGCUGAAAACGGAGUGGGAAGAGGAACAAAACGUAAUAUUGCCGUGGAGGUAGAAUUUGCCCCCGUUGUGUCAGUUCCCCGUCCACGUUUGGGUCAAGCGCUCCAAUUCGAUAUGGAUCUGGAGUGCCACGUGGAAGCUUACCCUCCUCCGGCCAUCACAUGGGAAAAAGAAGAUAUCACCCUGUCGAACAACCAACACUACAAAAUCUCUCAUUUCGCUGUGGCCGACGAGAUCACCGACACGACACUGAGAGUCAUCACCAUAGAAAAGAGGCAGUACGGGAAUUAUGUGUGCAAGGCAGCCAAUAAAUUAGGAACUGCCGAAGGCAGAGUUGAACUUUUCGAGUCUGUCAUCCCCGUAUGCCCCCCUGCCUGUGGUUCGGCCAGAUACGCGGAAGCUGCUACUUUGUCGACGAGUACCGCUGCCUUGUUAAUAACGCUACUCAUCUGUGUUGUUAGAAAUUUCCAACCCCAACGUUAACUACCCAGGGCUGCAGUGGUUGGCGAAUGGGGCCCCGUCGUACCACAACCCAACGUCCACUUACAAAUACGCGGUAAUAUCGUUCACGAUAUUGUACCGCCAUUGAGAGAGCGACUCAGCUGCUUACAGCAACAUUUAGUGGUAGAACAGCAUGUAAUUUUUUGGUAGGAUACGAAUGCGCUCUCCAAAUACAAGCUAGGAAAACUAGUGACACAUAGUUAGAACCUAAACCUACAAACAAAUAGAUUUUUUAUGUGUAUACUUUUGUAUUUUUAUAAUUUUGUACAACCGACAGAUUUUCAUAGACGCUUACACCGACAGGAUUCUAAAACUAAGGUUAUGUUAGCGAGCAAGCGCCCUCUGUAUCAGAUAUUCACUUGUCACGACAGCAAUUGUUUUUAUAGUAAACAGCCUACUAUUUAUUAUUCUAUGUGGCGCAGCGAAUUUAGGACCAAAGGAACACCCAUUCUAAAACGUUUCUUUUGCCAGGGGCGUUUUAAGCACGGUGAAAAUUUCCUGUGCUGACAUAGAUGUGACGUUUUAAAUUUAUAUGUAAUAUAUGUUUUAUUGUAUAUUUAACUCCUUAGUUUAAGAUCCAACGAAAUUGGCCUAAUUUUUGUUAAGAAUUUUUACAUAGUUUUUAUGUUUAUAUGGAAUUGGUUUUUUUUUUUGAGAUUAUUAACUUAAUAUGUGUAAUUUUAUAUUCGAAUAAAAAUUGCAUUCCUUACAAAGACUGCAAUGUGACAAAUAUUACAAAAUAUUUGUCUGUUUCACUUAAAAUUUGUAUUAUACGUCCAUUUUUCUUAGUUAGUUAUACUGGUUUUUAUCAAGUAGCUUGAUUUAACAAUACAUAACCUGAUUCAAGAAAAUUAAUUGGUAUCAGAUCAAAUCCAUACUGUUCCAGUUACAUUUGCAAACGUCCAGUUUCAUGGCUUGAUCUCAAUCCAACUGAUUUUUUUUUAACUAAAUAUUUGUAAAUAUGUUCAGAUAGAAUUGCAUUCCUAAAAAAGACUGCAAUAUUAUGAGGAAAUUGCCCAAAAUAAUUAUUGGUUUAUUGUUUCAAUCUGAAAGUCUGUAUUAUACGUCCAUUUUUUUUAAGUUAAAUAUAGCGAUUUCUACAAAAAGAAAA